AUGACUAAAGAGAGAAGCAGCUUAAAUCAUUGUCCAAACAAUUUAGAAGCACAAAAUCUUACACGUGUUUCACAGUUCCAACUUGUGGGACUCUCCAAUGAUCCAGAAUUGCAACCCUUUCUCUUUGGACUGUUCCUGUUCAUGUAUCUGUUGACAGUGUUUGGGAACCUGCUCAUCAUCCUGGCUGUCAGCUCUGACUCUCACCUCCACACCCCCAUGUAUUUCUUCCUCUCCAUCCUGUCCUUGGAUGACAUCUGUUUUGUCUCCACUACUGUCCCAAAGUUGAUUGCAGACAUGCAAACAAGAAAUAGAGUUAUCUCUUAUAUGUGCUGCCUGACCCAGAUGUCUCUUUAUAUAUUUUUUCUGUGUAUGGAUGAUCUGUUGCUAACUGUGAUGGCCUAUGACCGAUAUGUGGCCAUCUGUCACCCCCUGAACUAUCCAGUUAUUAUGAAUCCUUGCUCCUGUUGUGUCUUAGUUUUGGUGUCUUUUUUGUUCAGUUUUUUGGACUCCCUGUUUCACAGAUUGAUUGCCUUGCAAUUUACUUGCUUUAAAGGUGUAGAAAUUUCUAAUUACUUCUGUGACCCUUCUCAAGUACUUAAUCUGUCCUGUUCUGACACCUUUAGAAAUAGUGUGGUAAUGUAUUUUCUUGGUGGUAUAUAUGGUUUUGUCCCCAUCUCAGGAAUCAUUUUUUCUUACUACAAAAUUGUUUCUUCCAUUCUGAGAAUCCCAUCAUCAAGUGGGAGGUAUAAAGCAUUCUCCACCUGUGGUUCUCACCUGUCAGUGGUUUUCCUAUUUUAUGGAACAGCCAUUGGUGUGUACUUUGGUUCAGCUGCAUCACUUUGUGCGGGUAAAGUUGUGGCAGCCUCAUUAAUGUACACUGUUGUCACCCCUAUGCUGAAUCCCUUCAUCUACAGCCUGAGGAACAGAGACAUUAGUAGGACCCUGAAGAGACUGCAUCGUUGGACAAUCUGUGGCAUCCAUUUGAACUGUAAUUUGGAAAUGCAUGCUUGGAGCAACCUAGUGGCAGCCCGAUGGGAGCCUGGAGGAGUGGUUAUAGGGAAAGCCUGUAAAGCUGGGGCUGGCUUUGCCCAAGGAGCGGGAUCUUGGCAGGCUGGUGGAUGCAGAUGUCUCAUGCCAAGCUGGUACCUGUCCCAGCACGGUGGGCCUCCAUUUGUUCCACACAGAGCUGGAGCCUGGCAGGGCCUGAGGUGCAGUGUUCUGGUCACCCCACACACCGUUGUGGCUCAGCAGGGCCUGAAGGAUGGUGGGCUGAGGGGCAGGUAUCCCAGUGGGCUGUGA